AUGGAGGAGCACGUCAGCCAAGCUGGUAACUCGUCCACGGAUGGUCUGGUGUUCAGCGACGCCUCGAUCAUCCUCAGGGCUUUGGUGCUCGGUCUCCUGAUACUCGUCACCGUUGUCGGGAAUCUGUUCGUGAUAGCGGCGAUCCUGUUGGAACGGAAUCUACAGUCGGUGGCGAAUUAUUUAAUCGUCAGCUUGGCCGUCGCCGAUCUUAUGGUCGCCUGCCUCGUCAUGCCUCUCGGAGCCGUUUAUGAGAUAAACUCCGGAUGGUCACUCGGGCCCGAGCUUUGCGACAUGUGGACCAGCAGUGACGUUCUCUGCUGCACUGCCUCGAUAUUGCAUCUGGUGGCUAUCGCGGUCGACAGAUAUUGGGCAGUCACCGAUCUCAAUUAUAUACAGGCGAGGAAUCCGAGAAGGAUCGGUAUCCUGAUCGUCACCGUCUGGGUGGUGUCCUUAGGAAUCUCUCUGGCGCCCCAACUCGGAUGGAAAGAUCCUGAUUAUUUGGACCGUAUUGCGGAUGGAACGUGUCUGGUGUCGCAGGAUCCUGCAUACCAGAUCUUCGCCACCUGUGCGACUUUCUACGUACCCCUGCUCGUUAUUCUAUUUCUGUACUGGAGGAUAUUUCAAGCAGCACGGAAACGAAUCCGAAAGAGACCUGGGACUAUCGUGCAGCCGCCACGUGAAAGAAGAGGCAUCCUCAGACUCGUCACAAGAAGGCCAAGGGAGGAGUCCACUGCGUUCACCAUAACAAGAUCGACGCCCGAUCACUCGUCGAUCUCCCCAGAGAAAUCCUCGUCGUACAACGGGGCGAACACGACGCAGUCGACGACCGUGACGCCGUCCACGGUUUCCACGACGACGACCGCCACGACCACAACGACGGUGACGAAUCCGUCGAGCAGUCACUCGACGUCAUCCAGCAAGAGGACACGCGAGACGAUGGAGUCGAAGCGCGAGAGAAAAGCUGCGAAGACCCUCGCGAUAAUAACAGGCGCGUUCGUCGCCUGUUGGCUGCCAUUCUUCUCGGUAGCGUUGCUUCGCGCCACGUGCAAUGUCUGCGAGCCGCCAGAGCUGAUAGCCAGCGUGUUUCUCUGGCUGGGAUACUUCAACAGCACCCUGAAUCCGGUGAUCUACACGAUCUUCUCGCCUGAGUUCAGGCAAGCGUUCAAGAGGAUGCUUUGCGGUGGCACCAGGAUAAUUCGCUGA